AUCCCGAAUUAGAAGAUCAACGUAAUCACCAAUUGCAUUAGCUAUGGACCGAGUGAGACCUGUGUAUGUUCGGCAGAAGAGCGCAAUAGGGACGCCAGGGGCACCAUCGUCGCCAAUGUUGUCGCCGCUGCCGCUGCACCGCCACACACGGUCGGGCUCGGUCGGGGUGGCUAAUUUGAAGAAGCAGAAAGCCGCAGCGCAGAGGCUGGCACAGGUGAUGGCACAUCAACAAGCUGAUGAGGGAAACGAGGAGGAUGAGCUUUUUGAUGAUUAUACCUCGGGGAGUGGCGUAGGGAGCAUAGGGCUUGCAGGUGGACGGUCAAUGCGGGCUCGAUCGCCUUUGGCAGUUCGUACAAGUCAAGAACAACCUCCAUCUGCACGUUCUUCAUCAGUUGGCCGAUCAUCUCUGUCGAACAACUCUGUUGAACAGCCAUCCUCAACUCGUUCAAUAUCAGCUAGUCGGCCGUCUCAAUCCACUAACUCUGUGGAACAACCUCUACCUGCUCGUUCUACAAUAACUAUCCGAUCUUCUCUGCCUACCAAUUUUGUUGAACAACCUUCAUCUGCUCGCUCUACAUCAGCUGCCCGUCCACAUUUAGGAGUCAGGAUAGCUCCCAUGGUACCAGCUAGUGUGCCUAUAUCACUAAGGCCAACAUUUUCUGUAAUUCCAUCGGACAUUCCCAUUGAUAGUAGGAGAGAUAAAAGGAUGUCAAUGGAUUUGGGGAAUAUGAACCUAAAAGAAACUGGUAAUCAGAAUUCUUCUGCUCUACAAGAUGAGCUUGAUAUGCUGCAGGAAGAAAAUGAAAGUUUACUUGAAAAGCUUCGACUUGCAGAGGAGAGGUUUGAGGAAGCAGAGGCAAGAGGUCGGCAGCUUGAGAAACAGAUUGCUACCCUUGGCGAAGGUGUAACUUUAGAAGCCCGUCUUUUAAGCAGAAAGGAGGCAGCUCUGCAGCAAAGAGAGGCUGCUCUGAGAGUUGCUGCACAAACUCAUGGUCGUGGCAGUGAGAUAGUUUCCCUUCGGACAGAAGUUGAGACUGCAAGGGAUGAGGCAACAUCUGCUUUGGAGCAGCUGCAUGAAGCUGAGUGUGAACUACAAUCACUUCAGGUUAUGAAUCAGAGAAUGACACUGACUCAGGAAGAGAUGGAAGAAGUUGUUCUAAAGAGUUGUUGGCUUGCUCGGUAUUGGAGUUUAUGCGUUCAACAUGGUAUACAUGCAGAUAUUGCUGGAGCAAGAUAUGAAUACUGGUCGACUUUUGCCUCUCUUCCUGUCGAUGUGGUAUUAGCUGCUGGACAGAAAGCUAAGGAGGAGAUCAUAAAUGAUGAUUUGGAGGAAAGAGAAAAAGUUACACGUGAUUUGAAUGGACCUUCUGGAGAGGGAAAUAUUGAAAACAUGUUAUUAGUUGAGAAAGGUCUGCGGGAACUGGCUUCACUAAAGGUAGAAGAAGCAGUGGCAGUUGCGAUGGCUCAAAAUCGACGAUCAAGUUCACUUAGAUCCUGGGCUUCAGGUCAAGAUGAUGUGAAGCUACCAGCUGAGGGACAAUUUGAAGCAUUUGAGCUAAGCCAAGAGGAAUGCGAAGAUGUCUUGUUUAAGCAGGCUUGGCUGACAUAUUUCUGGAGGAGAGCAAAAGACCAUGGGCUGGAAACAGACAUAGCAGAGGAGCGUUUGCAGUUCUGGAUCAACCACAACUCCAAGUCACCUACUUCACAUGAUGCAGUUGAUGUUGAGCGUGGCCUUACAGAAAUCAAGAAGCUAGGUAUUGAAACCCAACUAUGGGAAGAAUCUCGCAAGUGGCUUGACCCAGACUCCACCUCCAAGCCACGUAGUCAGUCUGACUUCUAAUACACAGUUUAACUAGUUUACUGGAAUUUUUG